AUGAUGGAGAACAGAUCGGUUAUGAUGAUCAUGAUGCUUAUGCUGGUGAUCAUGCCGACAUUGCAGAAGGGGUGCUAUGGAUGGGGAACAGAGACGGCAGAGGAUAUGGUUAGAAGCGAAGCAGAGCAUGCUAAAGACGCACCCGAGACCGCUAAGGAAAUGGCGAACGACGCUAAGGACAAAACCGCCUCUUGGGCUGGUUGGGUUUCCGACAAAAUCACCACAGGAUUGGGAAACAAGAAAGAUGAGGCAGAAGAAGCGGCGGAAUCUGCGAAGAACUACGCUUAUGACCAGGCUGUAUCCGCCUAUGACAAUGCGGGUUACGCCAAGGACUUUGCAUCAGACAGAGCCAGAUCUGCUUACGAUAGUGCUCAAAACGCAAAAAAAUAUGCGUAUGAUAAGGCUGGUGAUGCAAAGGAUAUGGCCUACAAUAAGACCGAUCAAGUUAACGAGGCCUUCGAGAAGGCUGGUCAAGCCAAAGACAUGGCGUACGACAAGGCUGGUCAAGGUAAGGACAUAGCCUACGACAAAGCUGAUCAAACCAAAGACAUGGUUUAUGAAAAGGCCGGUCAAGCCAAAGACAUGGCCUACGACAAGAUGGGAUCAGCAUACAACAAAGCCGGUCAAGCCAAAGACGUGGUCUAUGACAAAGCCGGUCAAGCCAAAGACGUGGCCUAUGACAAGGCUGGUCAAGCUAAGGACAUAGCCUACGACAAAGCCGGUCAAGUAAAAGACACGGCCUAUGACAAGGCCGGUCAAGCCAAGGAUAAGGCCUAUGACAAGACGGGAUCAGCCUAUGACUUGGCCGGUCAAGCAAAAGACAUCGCCUAUGACAAGGCUAGUCAAGCAAAAGACAUGGCUUACGACAAGGUCGGUCAAGCUAAGGACAUGGCUUACGACAAAGCAGGAUCAGCUUAUGAUAAGGCGGAGGAAGCCAAGGACUUGGCCUAUGACAAAGCGGGAUCAGCCUCUGAGAUGGCUGGUCAUGCUAAGGACUUUGCCUAUGAAAAGGCGAGGGACGCAAAAGACGCUGCUUAUGACAAAGCGGAUGAUGUGAUUAAGAUGGCUACGGAUAAGAGUGCUGAAGCUAAAGAUAGUGCUCAUGGAGCAUACGAAAGAGUCAAAGAAGGGUCUAAGAAUGCAAAAGACAUGGCAUCAGAUAAAGCUCAGGAUGUUAGAGAAACGGCAGGGCGAGCAAUGGGCUAUGCUAAAGACAAAACAACAGACGCAUACGGAUCAGGGAGCGAAGCAGACAGAAGAUUCGAGGAGGCCUUGCAUAAAGUUGGGGAAAGGUAUGGUGGAGCUAAGGAUUCGACUUCGAGAAAGACAAAAGACGCUUAUGAGAGUGCAAAGGAGGAGGCUUCUGAUGCUGCUGGAGAGUACGGUUCAUAUUUGAGAGACCGUAGUGCUGAGCUUUAGAACCGGAGAAGUUAUAUACGUCUAGGGUAAAAGCUAAACUAUGCAUUUAGAUUUCAAACCUU